AUGGCUAAAAUCCCGGACCAAAUGCUUGCUGCCCAAGUGGUCGAGUUCAAAAAACCUUACAAGAUCCACAAAGUGCCAACUCCCGGGAAAGAUCUGAACGAGUAUGAUAUGCUUGUCAAAGUAGCUGUUGCUUCUCUAUGCCAUACAGACGGAAUGGUGACUGAGGGCAUCAUGGGCACACCUCUGCCCUGUAUUGCCUCCCACGAAGGAUCAGGAACCGUAGUCAAAGUUGGAUCCGCUAUCAAGGAGUUCGAAGUUGGCGACAGAGUCCUUUGUUCCCUGACUUAUCAUCGAUGUGGUGUGUGCGCUGAUUGCACCGGCCCUGAGGUCGGCAGGCAAUAUUGUCCAAAUGUCGGAGGGUACCUGGGAGUCAACCGAGAUGGGUCAUUUGCGGAGUACGAGGUAGUGGAUGGAAGAGAAUGCUGUCUGUUGCCGGAUAAUGUAAGCUUUGAGACAGCUGCACCACUUGCUUGCGCUGGAAUAACUGUCUGGGGUGGUUUGGUCAGAGCAGGUCUGAAAGCUGGAGAAAGUGUCGCCAUUGUUGGCGGCGGUGGCGGACUUGGGCAUCUCGGAGUCCAGUUCGCCAAGGCUCUCGGUCUAAAUGUCAUUGCAAUCGAUGCUCGAGAGGAAGCGCUUUCUCUUUCCCGGGAAUGCGGUGCUGAUACUUUGGUCGAUGCUAGAUCGGGCAAGGAAAAGGUCGUUGAAGAGGUCAAGAAAGUGACAGGAGGGCAGGGUGCGGAUGCAACAUUGAAUGUCAGUGACCAUGAAUCAGCAGCGGCCACUGGAGCUGCUGUUACUAAGAUGCAUGGGGUUCUUGUGCAGAUAGCUCAACCAACAAACAUUAGUGUCCCGUUCCAGGAGCUGGUCUUUCGCGAUAUAAGAAUCCAUGGUAGUCUUACCAGUUCGAGAGGAGAGUGUCUCAAAAUGCUCGAUGUUGUUUCCAGACAUAAUAUCAAGGUCAAGACCAACGCAUUCAAUGGUAUUCAAGAAGUGCCAAAGGCAAUUGAGCUCGCCCACUCCGGAAAGAUGCAGGGAAAGCCGGUCAUAAUUAUCAACCAGGAAGCAAUUGAAAACGAAAGAAAGUCUGGAAUUAAGAUGGUUUAA